AUGGGUAAAGCUAAUAAAGAUAAACGUGAUUUAUAUUAUAGAAGAGCCAAAGAAGAAGGAUGGAGAGCUCGUUCUGCAUUUAAACUUUUGCAAUUAAACGAAGAAUUUAAUCUUUUUGAAGAUUUAACUAGAGUAGUUGAUCUUUGUGCAGCACCAGGUUCUUGGUCUCAAGUAUUAUCUCAAAAAUUAGGACCCAAUUCAACUAUUGUUGCUGUUGAUUUACAACCAAUGACUCCUAUAGAUGGUGUUACUACUAUUCAAGCAGAUAUCACACAUCCAAGAACUUUACAAAGAAUUCUAGAUUGUUUUGGUGGUGAACCAGCUGAUUUUGUUUGUAGUGACGGUGCUCCAGAUGUUACUGGAUUACAUGAUUUGGAUGAAUAUAUUCAAGCUCAAUUAGUAUUAUCUGCAUUACAAUUAACCACAUGUUUAUUAAAACCAGGCGGUAAAUUUGUUGCAAAAAUUUUCCGUGGUAGAGAUAUUGAUCUUUUAUACAGUCAAUUAAGUUAUUUAUUUGAUAAAGUUAUCUGUGCUAAACCUCGAUCAAGUAGAGGGACUUCAUUAGAAGCAUUCAUAGUUUGUCUUGGUUAUAAACCUCGAGAAGGUUGGCAACCUAAAUUACAAUUAUCUACAUCUACAGAAGAAUUUUUUGAAGGUGCAAAUAUAGGUAAACAAGGAACCAUGGAAAUUAAAGAAUUUGGUCCUCAAGAAAGAAAAAUUGCUCCAUUUGUUGCUUGUGGUGAUAUAAAUGAUAUUGAUUCUGAUGCUACUUAUAGCAUAGAUAUAAACACGCUAUCUUUAGAGCCAGUGCAAAUGCCAACUGCACCACCUUAUAAAAAAGCAUUAGAAAUGAAACGUAAUGGUGAAUUACAUAGACGAUAG